CUGUACCAUUGGAGAACCAAACUUUAGCUCAAGAAAUACCUGCUGUCGAACAGUUCUCUCUGCCGCCGCCAUUACUUCAGGUUACUGCUCCAAUGGUUGCGCUGGUGCCUGUCGUCUCUCAGGUGCCUGCUGCACCACCACCCAAACCUCAACCAGUCUAUCCUGAAAAGAUGAUAGUUGAAGUGGUCAAGGAUGUGGUCAAUGAUAUAGUGAAGGAUGUUCUCCGUGUGGAGUGUAAAGAACUGGCGAAAGCAGGGACAGCUUUUGCUGUAGAGGCCAUCAGUUUGUCAAACAGUUCGUCAGAGGAGCUGAUUGCAGAAGUUACCACGGAGAUGCUGAUGCGGACUUCAUCUGAGGAGCUUCAAGCAGAGAGACAGAGGAUCGAGGAUGAAAAGCGCAGAAUUGAACAGGCCAGACUGAAGAAGGAACGGGAAGUAUGGAAGAGCCGGUACAGUCAAGCACUGUGUGAUGAAAUUACAGAGCAAGUUGUGGAUUACUCUAUAAGAAAAUGUGCCAUUCAGGAGCUAAGGCUUGCAGUGGAGGAGGACAGGCGAGCCCAGAUUAACCGCUGCUCGGCAGAGUUCUGCAGCUACCUCAUUAAAGAAACGCUGGAAAGUGAGAUCUUCCAAGUAGUGAAGGAGACUCUGCAGGAAGUGCAUUGUUUCUGCAAAUAUUUAAAGAAGUGGAGAGCUACUGCAGAGGCUCGGAAGCGCCUGAGAAAAGAAAUGUGGACAUUCCCAGCAGCCCCAGGCACGGCUGGCCCCAACUGCAAACUGAGUCCCCACCUGGUGAACCCAGAUCUGCCCAACGAUAACGAUCUCAGCAUGUCAUGUAUAUGGUUGCUGCAGAGGAGGAAGGAGACUGCUCAUCAAAUGAGGGUUCAAAACUUCUACCAGCAGCUCCUCUGUGAAGCUGCCUGGACUCCUUUGGAUUUGUUCACAUUGGUGGCAGAUAACUUCCCAACUCGUCAAGAGAGAAUCUUCUGGAAGGUUGUUCUGCUGUUACCAAGUGAUGAUGAAUAUGCACUUAGUGAUAACAACAGAACUUUGAUUGAUUGGCUGAAAGCAAAAUUCCAAGGACCUGAAAGGCUGGAUGAUGCUGCAGAUGAUGCUGAUAAUGUCAUUCAGACACACCUAUGCAAAGCAGUGAAGAGUGAUGAAGGAAUUGAUGUACUUGUGCAUAUCUGUGUUAAGUUGACUAAAGGCCCUCUAAGUGACACAGAUGUAGAUGCAAUGGAACAGCGGAAGGAACUGCUGGGAACAACUGCUCUGAUCCUCUUGCUACCAAAUCGAGAAGAAGGCACUGACCAGGAGGAGGAGGAAGUGUAUUGGCUCUCAGCAAUGCUUCAAGUCAGACAACUUUUACAAGCUAAACCUUUAAAUCCUGCAGUUCCACUGGUCAUCCUUGUUCCUUGUGAAGAAGCAUCAUUGAAUGAGAAAGAGGUGAUAGAAGGUCUAAAGCUUGAAGCGCUGGUGGCCACUCACCUUGUGUCUGAGUUUUUGAUUAUCCUGAUCCCAGGAAAAAGUAACUACCUUCAGGGAUCAAACAGGGUCUCUGAAGCUGUAAGGUGGCUGGCCUCGCGUUGUCCGUCACCACCGGAGCUUUGCUGCCAGACUCUGAUCCAGUUCAUUGAAGACGGGCUGUGCCGAGAGUUUAAUGACCAGUUUUACAAUGAUAAAUCUGAAAGGCAACUGGCUGCAUUGCCUUCCCAGAGCCCCAGCUUCAUCAUUGAGUUUUAUAACGAUGUGCUGCGUUUCCUUGCAAAAGUAGUGUCCUCCGAACAACUGUAUAACCUUUCUUGGCCAGUUGCUGAAUUCUCUGGACCUGUUGCUCAUGAAAUAUUGGCACACAAAGAAUGGAAUUCCAAUAACCACCUGACCUGGCUAAGAAAGGCAGUUCUGUCUUUUCAACUGCCAGUGAUGGAUCUAACUCCCUUGCAUGCUCCAUGGGUUAAGGUCUGUGAUAUGAUCUUCCAAUACGUAUGUCAGGUCCCAGUAUCACAACAAACACGCCCACUGCUGCUUUCAAGGAUUGAGCACGUCCUGAACAGAGUCCAUAGCAAAUGGAGAGACAGCUAUCCAUUGAUGUUGGAAGCCUCGAUUGAUGAGGGGCCAUUGGUUUCAGAAAUACCUUGGGAUGAAAUUGUUCUCAUUUGCAUUGACCAUCGAUUGAGAGAGUGCAUAGCUUCGAACCUACCUUGUGCUUCAGCUGUAAGUGAAGAUGGUCAGAUCCUGGUCUAUUAUUUUCAGGACGAUUUGAAAAAAUACAAACGGCCUCCAUUGUGGGAACAGGCACGAUCAAAUACCCAGAUGGAAAUCCAAGAUGCCUGUCAGAGGUUGCCACAGGAACAGGUAUACCCUUCAGUUAAGCAGAGAUCAGAAAAUAAAUCAUAUACUGUGAAGGUCAGUUCUGAAGAAACCCUUCAGGACAGGACUCUUUCUGCUUUGGAUGUUACCCGUACUUCUACAGCAGCAGAACUUCUACCAGGGCGACUGCUUUCUGAAAUUCAAAUGGAAAAAGAGGAGAAUAAAAGAUGUGAGGAGCAACUGCAUCGCUGGCUGGAUGGGGGCCCAUUGGAUUCAAUUGCUUUCCCUCUUUACCUCCCACAGACUUUGGUUUCUGCUGAUAAAGUUGUUGUCCCCAUGCACCGAGUGUCUGCUGUAAUCACACCACAGGAGGACGCUAAUAAUGGACACAGAAAGGAUAUCAGUAUGAAUAAGUCCGAUUGGCUGAACAAUUCAACAAUGACCUUAUCAGACAAACUGAAAGAGUUUAAAACGUUGAUCCAAGCCAGUCAAGAGGAAGAACUGGUUUGUGAACGUCACUUGUCUCUCUUACUAGAUGUAGCUGACACCUGAUGGAGCUGGCAGACAAGCCUGUGUUUGAGGUUUUUCAUUCCAGUGAAAGGAAUUGCAAGAUAUUUUCAACGAUAACUUGAAAGCCCAAGAAUAAAAUCUGUAGAUACCAUGCAAAAUAAGGCAGCUGUGACCUUCUCGGAUCAUUUUAUCCUGUUUCAGAAAAAUAGGAGACAAAAACUCCAGUUCAAACAUGUUGUUGCACUGACAGAUUUAAAAGGAACUGAAAAGUUUAUCUGUCUGGUGUUUUGUAUUAUGUAACUUCUUGUAUGACACCACAUUAUAGACUUUUAAAAAGCGUAGCAACUUCCCAAAAGGAAUAUAAAAGACAUUGUUAUCAUGAUGUAUGUUACUCCCCUAUUUAGAGUUUUAAGCUCCUUUUUCAAAUGUGGAUAAACUGUCACACAUGUUUCUGGAUACUUGUUCUCAUUCCUUUCCAGUAAAGGAUUAGGUACAUGUAAAAAUUCAGUUUAUGUCUGUAUUCUUUAACUGACAUGGGAAUUAUUUUUAUAUAAUGUAUGGUAAUGCUUUAAGCAUAAUUAAAAUGUUUGAUCUUGCAUCUAUUUGAAAUGACUGGCUGUUAUCUGGUACGGCAAAUGAACAGGAGCAAGUGAUCACAUGGUGGUUCCAAGGUGCAAUUUGUUACACUCUCCAGGCUGAUGAUUUGUAUUAAUUUGUAUCCGUUGGCUGGCUCUGUGUAGUCUGAUAUUAAGCGCAAAGACCGAAAGAAGUGUGGAUGCUGUAAAUCAGAAACAAAAACAGAAAUUGCUGCAGAAGCGUAGCAGGUCUAGCAGCAUCAGUGAAAUGUCAAAUUUGAACUUUCCAAUUCUGUCUCUCUUUUUCAGCUCAGAGAAAGGGUCACUCAACCCGAAAUGUUAAUUCUUGAUUUCACCACAGAUGCUGCCAGACCUGCUGAGCUUUUCCGCCAAUUCCUGUUUUUGUUUCGGAUGUGAAAUGUGAUAUACAACUUGUCUGGAGAUAACUGGCAAUAAACCGUUAUUAGAUAA